GAGAAUUAGAAUUUUGAUGCAUCAAUCGUUAAAGUUGGGUCCGAAAGUUUUAUACUUAUUUGAGCUUCAGAUCAGCCUAAGUCCAAUGGGCUAUCAACAAUAAUAUUGGACUUUUUCUUUUGUUUCCUUUGGAUAUAUUUUCCUUCGACCACCGCUAUCGCUUCUUUGUCUGCGAAGAUGAGCUGUUGCUGCGACCAAAACGACGACGAAUCAACCCUCACAACACCACUCUCUUCCACCUCGAACCUCAUCGUUACGGAUACAAACGUCACCAUCUCCCCAAUGAACUCCAAUUUCGCAGCUCUGACGUGCGGCGACACUCUCCGACUCAUCUUCGAGAAACUCUCUCUCGCGGACUUGGCACGUGCCAGCUGCGUUUGCAAGGCCUGGAACGCCGUCGCUUCCGAUGACGAGAUGGUUAUGGAGGCAUUCAUGGCUCCUUGGAAGCUUCUGGAAGUGGUGGGGAAGCCGAGUUCUAGAAGUUUCUGGAGAGAUAAUGGGAUUGGGAAGUUCGCUAUCUCGCAUCGGAUUUUGAGAGGAGAGAGUAUUGCUAGUCUUGCUGUUAAGUACUCUGUUCAGGUUAUGGACAUAAAGCGCCUGAAUAACACGAUGAGUGAACAUGGGAUUUACUCAAGAGAGAGGUUAUUGAUCCCUAUAAGCAAUCCAGACGUUCUAAUAAACGGGACAUGCUAUAUAGAGUUGGAUACCUAUGCAAAGCGAGAAGUGGCAGUGCUGUAUCUUGAUGGCAAUCCUGACAAAAAGACUGGAACAUUGUUGAAUAGAAUGACCUCCGAUCGAGGCAAGAGAAGGGUGAUUGACUCAUUGAAGAGAAGCAUGCAAGUUGAUGAUGGAACUGCUCAAUACUAUUUGUCCAUUUCAGGUGGUGAUCCCCGACUUGCACUCUCUCAAUUCUCUUCAGACCUCAGGUGGGAGAGGCAGAGAGGCUUGGCCUAGUUGGAAAGGUAUAUCAAGUUGAUGGAUGAUAAGGGACCUAGAAUUCACAGCCUUAAUAAGAUUCCUUCAUUAGCAUAUGUAGUUAACUGUUUUUCCAUGUAAAGUUAUUGUAAUGAAGCAUACUGUCAAGUGUUAACAUUGUCCAAAUUCAGAGUAUUUAAUUGUACUAGGAACUAAGCAAGUUCCUGAUGUUUCUUCAGUAUACUUGUCUGUAUUUUCAUUUCAUUCCUAUAAGGGAGUGUUUAGUCGAUUAUGAAUCAAAAUGCAUCCAAACUGCAGCAUUCAGAUAUUUCUCUAUGCUCUAAAGUAAUUUGUUCACUUC